AUGCCUGAGAGAGAAGUUGUCAAAAAACCUCGUCUUGUGGUGAGGAAGUUCUUGGCUAGGCCUCAACAUGAAGGAGUUGGGGCAGUUGUUAGAAGGAGCAUUGGGAGGUUUGAGCUGAAAUACUUUGAUCCUUUUCUUGUUCUGGAUGAGUUCUCAGUUUCUGCUCCUGCUGGGUUUCCUGAUCACCCACACAGAGGGUUUGAGACAGUGACCUACAUGUUGCAGGGAGCUGUCACACAUGAAGACUUUGAAGGGCACAAAGGGACAAUAGGAGCCGGUGACUUACAAUGGAUGACCGCAGGAAGAGGUAUUGUCCAUUCAGAAAUGCCUGCGGCCCAGGGAACCCAAAAGGGUUUGCAGUUGUGGAUAAACCUCUCCUCCAAACAUAAAAUGAUUGAGCCAAAGUACCAAGAAAUGCUGAGCAAGGACAUUAAAGAGGCUGCAAAAGAUGGGGUGAAAGUUAGGGUAAUAGCUGGAGAGGCCUUGGGAACAAAGUCACCAAUUUACACAAGGACCCCAACCAUGUACUUGGACUUCACUCUGAAAUCAGGGGCUAUUUUGCAACAGCCAAUACAAAUAUCAUGGAAUGCAUUUGUGUAUGUGUUGGAGGGUGAGGGUAUUUUUGGAAGUCCAAAAUCUUUGCCAGUGACAGCCCACCAUCUUCUUCUUCUUGGAUCUGGGGAUGGCUUGGAGGCAUGGAACAAAUCUUCCAAGCCCCUUAGAUUUAUCUUAAUUGGAGGUGAACCUUUGGGUGAGCCAAUAACACAAUAUGGGCCCUUUGUGAUGAACACACAAGAAGAGAUUGACCAAACCAUUGAUGAUUUUGACAAUUGUGUCAACGGAUUUGAGAAGGCAAGACAUUGGAGUUCUGGAGAUGCACUUAGCCUUGAUUUUUAG